AUGGAUUUGCAGGCAGAAAAGUCCACCAAAUUUCUAAUGGAAACAAACAGAACAAACAAAGGAAUGGAAUACGCAGAAAUAUUAAUGAGCACUGACCGAUUUAAUGGAGAAUAUCAUCCAUUUCGCGAUGAUAUUAAUAGUAUCAAACUUGACAAUACCAGCCAUAAUUAUAACCUUCACCACCACUACAAUAACUUGAAUGAUCAAAUAUUCACGAUGAAUAAUAAUAUUGGACAAGCUCAAAUUUCACGACAAUCUCCACCUUUUUCGGAACCAUCAUCUACUUCCAAAAUUCCUUUUCAUAAAAUGUAUGCAGCGUGUUCUGGCGCAAUUCUAACAUCAAUAUUUACUACACCGUUAGAUGUAAUAAAAACUCGACUGCAAUCUCAAAAUAACUCGAGUAGAUCAUUUUCCACUUCUAUUUUUGGAGCAGCAGCAUCUGUAUCUUCUCCUACUUUCUCUUCUUCACUCACGAAAUGUUGUCGUAAUGUCUUCUUUACCGCACACAAUAUACAACGAGAUCUCAUUUGUCGAAUUCCAAAUCAGUCAGCCGCAUCGUCGUCUUUAUCGUGCGCGUAUAUGGAUACCCCUGCUUUCGAGGCUGCGUACGGGGCUACAAGUAGACAAUUGAAUGGGAUUCUGGAUGGAGUUGUAAAAAUUGUGCGUUAUGAAGGAAUAACUUCCCUAUGGCGAGGCUUGUCUCCUGCACUUGUCAUGUCAGUACCAUCAACAGUUAUAUAUUUUGUGGGGUAUGAACAUCUACGUGAUACAAUAUGGAGCCGGUGGAAAGGGAAGAAAGCAGAAACUUAUGCACCAUUAAUUGCCGGUGCUUGUGCAAGAACCACGGCGGUCGCUGUCAUAUCUCCGAUAGAACUAUUUCGAACACGUCUACAGGGACCUGAAGGAAAAAAUGGUGUACGGGUAGUAAUGAACGGUGUCAAAUCUAUGGUUCGGUCGUAUGGUAUAAAGUCUUUGUGGCGUGGAUUGGGACCUACGCUAUGGAGGGAUGUGCCAUUUUCAGCUAUAUAUUGGACUGGCUAUGAAUCGAUCAAACGAAAUAUAAGUGAUAGUUCUUAUAUGGUUGGUGAUGGACGAGGAGAAUUACAUGAGUUUAAAGUCGCGUUUAUUAGUGGUGCUCUUUCUGGAAUGAUUGCAGCAACGCUAACAACUCCAUUUGAUGUUGCAAAAACGAGAAGACAAGUUGCAUCGCAUACGAAUGCAAAAAACAACUCAAUGUUACGAAUAAUGCAGAAUGUGGUGAAAGAGGAAGGAUUUUCGGGGUUGAUGCGAGGCGCAGUACCACGUAUCGGAAAAGUAGCACCCGCGUGCGCAAUCAUGAUAAGUAGCUACGUGUUUUUCACUUCGCCGAGAUCAUCUUCGCCUUCCUCAUCAAAUAUCUAA